AUGGAGUUACAAGGGCUCAGAGGUUCAAAUAAUCCUAAAGCCAUGCUUUCCUCUUUAUUGCAUAAGCGACAAAAGCUUCAAGAAGAACUGCAGAACGUUGAAAAACAGGUAUAUGAAUUAGAGACGAGUUAUUUACAGGAAACAAGCACUCUUGGGAAUGCGUUGAAAGGCUUUGAUGGAUUUCUUUCUUCAACAAAAAAUACUGCUAACUUAAAAAGAUCCAGAAAGUUUCAGCUUGAAGAUCGGGUGUUUUCAUUGUCCUCAGUUACCUCACCAGCAGCAGAGGAGCUUAGAGUUGUACGAGAAGAUGGAAGAUUGGAUAUAGGUCAAGGUCGGUCCAAGGGUGGAGGCUUAGCCAGUAAUGGACAGGGAAAACCAAAGAAAGGAAGAACAGGCUCAAGGGAUGGAAAGAAAAUUAGGCUUUCAAGUGACUUGGAUCUGGAUGAUGAAGACGAUCUUAAUUUGAGAUAG